UUAUCGUUAUUUUCUGAAUUGAAUGUGGCUAAUCAUGUUGAUAGUAAACAAGAACAGGGCGUUCCUCAAGCCACUUUGAAAAAACGUAAAAGUUUGGAAAAGGACCAAAAUACAAUUGAAGUUGCCGAUAGUCCAACCAUAAUUGUACAACUUGUCGUUAUUCUGGGAUUAAUCUUUCUUGAAACGACAGCUGUUGCUUAUAUUGAGAAAAGAGAGGAUUACGCGGGCGCAGCGGAACCUGGUUUAUACAAGCUAAAGGAAAAUGUUGAUGAGGCUUGCAGCCUUCCAGCACCACCGGUAUUUUGCGACCAAGAGAAAGUAAUUGCACGUCCGAUGGCUUUAAGUGUAUCUUGUGGUUUAGGAGCUAAUGCAGAGGAUGGGGAAGCUGUUGAAGUGCCAUUUGAAGCUGGUGUCGUUGAGUUUGAAGCUGUUGAGUUUGAAGCCGUUGAAUUUGAAUUUACUGGAGCUGGUAUAUUUGAAUUUGCUGGGUUUGGAGCCGGUGAACUUUGA